UUGUAUGCACGUCGCGGUUGCGAUCCGCCAAUACUAAUUUAGAGAAGAAGUGAACCGUGACCAAGAAUCAUUUCAACGUUAGCUUUUUUGUGUUAUUUAGACGUUUAUUAAUACUCUGGAACUCAAACUAUGACUAAUUUAAUUGUACAACAUCACACGUUUACCUCAUGUAUUCUUUAAUUCGCGUUGGAGACCAGGACUUGGUUGAUAUACGUUAUCUAGGUAACGUUAACUAGCCGCUAACAUGGCUAACUGUAUGGUUUUUCAUACUCAAAUAGCCUCCAUUAUGGAGGUGCUAGCGAAUACAGCGGUGGCAGAUAUCUGUAAACUCGUAGACGACGACUAUGCAGUGUUUCGUUUGGAAAUGACUCAAAGCCAGAAAGAAAACCGAGCAUUGCGGAGGAAACUUCAGCUACUGGAACUGAAGGUGGCACGGGACCGCGUCCUCGCCAGUCGUCCCAGUAGUGUCAAGAUCCUCGACCGAAACAGAGGAAUGGCAAGAGGACAUCUCACUGGAGGCCAUAGGAGCUUUGUAAAGCCAGCAGGACACAAUACAUGGAGAGAUGACCAACCAAUCACUGUUGAUGAGGGUAGUGGAACCUCAACCCAUCAUGUUAUUGUGAUAGAGUCUGUAGAUGCUGAGGAUGCAGGGCCUGGGGUCAAGCUGGAGAGGUCUGAAGGAGAGGACCCAGGGCAAAGCACAGACAUCCAGACUGGAGCGGCUGGAGUGCUCCCUGUAGCCACGGAGGACCCCACCCCCACGCCGCCCAGAACCCGACGCAGCAUCACGGAGGUCAGUGGAACGCCGAACGCUGUCCUCAAGUCCGAGACAGACACUGAGACCUUAACUGUAGCACACAGGCUUUUACACACAAGAUCUGGCCACAGAUCCGAUCCAGAGAGACUGGGGCCACUGGGCUGUCCUCCUGCUCCUAGCACAGAGUAUUUACCGGUAUUUCACCAGAGCCAGAAGACGGUUAAUUCCUGUGGAAAUACUGAUGGUGAUGCAUUAGACUCUGGUGGUGAUGAUCUGUCUUGUUUUUACACUACAGAGAUGGACUCUGGCAACAUAUCCUUGGGUUUAGAGACACAGACUGAUCUGUCUAGAGGGGACUGGAACCAGUACAGUAGUAGUGUAUACUCUGAAGGGUGCCUAGAUAAGAAAGGGGAGGUACUAGCGGUAGAUGAUGUGACUGUCAAAGUGGAGGGCGACACUCCUCUUACAUGGAAUGCAGACGAGACUCACUUAGGAGAAGGACACUCACAAGAUUUCUUACAUUACAGGGAAAGCUUAGAGACAAAUCCAAAUGUCUCGAGCCACUCCCCUGUACGCACGCUCAGGGAUCGGGCCCCAGUGUCCACGUCGAAGGGGCCUUCCGAUUCACACUGCCGCGUCCUUUUCGAUCAGGUAUCGAACUCAAACGACAGGGCUAGAGCUCAGGGAGGGGGAAACACAUCAGGCAGUAGUAAAGUGAAACGCUUCCUCUGCAUGUUCUGUAGCAAAGGCUUCAGCUGCCUCCAGAAAGUGGAGAUCCACCAGAGGGUCCACACAGGGGUGAAACCCUUCAGCUGUACCCAGUGUGAUAUGCGCUUCGCUGAGGCUGGCAGCCUGAAGAGGCACCAGAGGGUCCACACAGGGGAGAAACCCUACAGCUGCCCCCAGUGUCACAUGCGCUUUACCCAGGCUGGCAGCCUGAAGAGACACCUGAAGGUCCACAUGGGAGAAAGGCUGUUCGUCUGAGGUUCUCAGAGAGGAGCUACCUCAGGAUACCCCAGCAGAAAAACAAUUCCACUUUAUAGCUUAUUGCGUUUAUAUCAAACCAUGCUAAGAUUACUUUUCAUUGUAGUGGGCAAAAAAGAUCCACGGAUGCAUUUUGAAUUACGAGAGUAAAAUAUUUCAGUGUUGAAUAUUCCUGGGUAGAAUAUUGCAUCCAGACAUUGUGUGAUAUACACUGAGUGUACAAAACAUUAUGAACACAUCGCUAAUAUUGAAUUGCACCCCCCCCUUUUGCCCUCAAAACAACCUCAAUUAGUCGGGACGUGGACUCGAAAGCGUUCCACACGGAUGCUGGCCCAUGUUGACUCCAAUGCUUCCCACAGUUGCGUCAAGUUGGCUGGAUGUCUUUUGGGUGGUGGACCAUUCUUGAUACACACGGAUAACUGUUGAGCGUGAAAGACCCAGCAGCGUUGCGGUUCUUGACACAAACCGCUGCGCCUGGCACUUGCUACCAUACCUCCUUCAAAGGCACUUACAUAUUUUGUCUUUCCCAUUCACCCUCUGAAUGGCACACACACAAUCCAUGUCUCAAGGCUUAAAAAUCCUCCUUUAACCUGUCUCCUCCUCUCCAUCUACAAUGAUUUGAAGUGGGGUUAACAGGUGACAAUAAGAGAUCAUAGCUUUCACCUUGUUUCACCUGGUCAGUCUGUCAUGGAAAGAGCAGGUGUUAAUGUUUUGUACACUCAGUGUAUAAAGCACAUAAGCCUAAAAAGUCUGUUACAUAUUGUGUUUGUACUGUGUAGGCUAUGUGAUGUUCACAAAUGCCUAUUUCAUUAUUCAUUGAACUGCUUUCCCAAGACACUUUUAAUGAGGAAAUGAAUGCAAUUUAUCAAGUUCAUGCAGAUUUUUAGUUGAUGUGUAUGUAUGGUUUUCAUAUGCUCUAUUUAACACUUAUGUUUAAUAAACAUAACAUUUUACUUCAA